GAGCAGCGCUGUGAGCUGAAACUGUUUCGUUUUUUUUAAGCUGGAAAACAAACUAUUUACCAAUAUUUGAACUUAAAGAUGUUUCUUUUCUUCUGUUUUGUUGGAUCAAAGCUGCUGGAGUCUGUAACUUUUAUCAAAAGGGACUGAAGUGAAGCAAUCAAAACUGUUGGUAACGUCAAGAUAUCUGAUGUUCUCUGUACAGAUUGUAAAAUGUGCUUUUUAUCAGCAAGGACUAAUGAGAAACCAUCAAGGUCUGCUGUCAAUGCCAAAAUAUUUGAUCUACUCUGGACAGCUCUUGGCAGCCUGGAAAUAGCAUGACUUUUUACCACAUUGAUGAAAGAAAGAAGCACGUGAUUGAGUCAUUGAUCUGAAUUGUCUGGAUUUAAAACAGUGGGAUCUCUGAAAGGCAGCACAGAUUCACGGAGACAAAGAUGUCCAACUCUCACGAACAGAGUCUGAACGAGAACGUAGUUUUCCUGCCAGUUGACAAAUCCUCGCCGGAGUUCCUGCACUGUGAGACGGAGCGUGAAUCUGUGGAGAGGCUCCUCAGUGGGGGACCGGAGGCCUUCUACAGCUCCGUCAGCUCGGAGCACGCCGCCUGCUUCUUAUCUCCUGAAGAGGUGAGCCAGAUAAGAAGCUGGGCUCAGAACUAUCAUGUCAAGGAGCUGCAUGUGGAAGAGCAGAAUGGAGUGGAAAACAGUUUUGAGACAGAGGACUUCUGUUCCACUUAUGCCCCUUGCCACUCGGAUGCACCGAUCCCAAACCUGGAGCUCGGCUGGCCAGUGAGAUCACCCACGGUGAAGACGGCGGAGGUGAUGGUCCACACCAGUCCUCCUCUUGAAGGAGAGCCACCUGUCAGAGAGAUCAUCAGACGGUACCUGCAAAAUGCAACACAAGCAGUUGGCAUUGUGACAGACAAACUGACAGACAAUGCCAUAAUUGGUGAUUUACACACUGCUGCCUCCAGAGGUGUCCCCGUCUACAUCGUCCUGAACCAAAGGUCCCUUCAGGAGAAUUUCACCCUCCACAAGCUCAGGCAUCCGAACAUGCGGGUCAGAGUUCUCAGAGGGAAGACGUUCUGCUCGAGAAAUGGAAGGAUGGUGGUUGGGGAAAUGAAGGUCAACUUCCUUCUGGUUGAUUUAGAGACGGUGAUCCAUGGCAGCUACAGCCUCACCUGGACAGACGCCCACCUCCACCAGCAGCUCAUUACGGUUCUGAGAGGACCAGUUGUUGACUCCUUUGACAUGGAGUUCAGAAUCCUGUAUGCUGCUUCCGUCCCGGCCCCUGACACAUGCAGAGUCCCAGCCAGCGGCCAUCUUUAUGUGCCUUACCAUCAGCCCACAGUCUUUUCCGAUUUCAGGUUUUCAAAGCACUUCCUGGUGGAGCCUGAGAUGACAAACCCUCCAUCACCACCUGAAGAUGUCCUCCUGGACUGGGAAGAAAUGGGUGUUGUUCAUAAAGACAUCAGCAAUCCUAACAGUCCUUUUGAUCUAAAUGAGGAAAUAGGGACUGAGAAAAUGACAGAGCAGAACGACAACAGGGACAGAGUCAUCAAGGAAAGAUUUACCUACAACGGGCACCAAUUUGAAAAUGAAAGAAGGAUUAAUGAGAACACCUCUGCAGUUCCAGCCAGAUUGGAAGAUAAUUCAACAACUUCUAGCCAUACAGAGUCAUUAUCAUCAAACACAUCAUCGGCUGAAAGAAUAAUGAGGAUGGAGAGGAAAGUCGAGAAACGACUCUCCAAAGAAUUCUCUGAAGAAGACUAUGAAAGGGCUACAAUAAGUGUUGAUGAAGUAUUGAAGACAACAACUGCUUCGUUUAAGAGUAGACAGCAUUUAAAAUGGGAGACAUUUUUAGAAGAGGAGAGCACAACAGGUGCAGUUACUGAGGAAAGCACAACAUCUUCAAGAAAACCUGUAAUCUUGAAGGUGUCAAACACUGAAAACUUCAGCUCUCUGAGCGACAUCAUGAAGAGGAUUAAGCAGGGACCAACAGGCCUGCUCAGGAGAAACGUGAAAUCCACGAUGUCAGACCGGACCCAGUCCAUGAUGGAUCUGAGCGAUUACAGCGCAAAUCUAAAUCACAAAGUAGAAUCAGAAGUACCAGCACCAAGGUUUCCAGGCAAUCUUGAUCCGGAUCAUAUGACGCCUGCUUUGGCUCUAAUGAAGAAGAGGAACAAUGCAGUAAAAUCUUCUCUGAGCAGACCUCUCCUAAACUUCACACAUUUAGAAAGAACCCACAGCUCCAGCUAUAUCACUGAUAUUAUUCAGUGGAAGUCUCGUUGCAACAAGGACGAAGAACUAGAGAACAAAUGACGAGAGAGGAUUCUCCGUCACUCAGGAAGAACAGCUCGGGACGUCUGCUGUAUUGACUGGAAUUAUGAGGAAAAAUACUUUCAUUUACUGACUGAAUGCAUACAGAUGCUUCAUAUCUUUUAAUGCUAUUGUACAUAAAAUAAAUCAUCAAUGCUG